AUGGCACCGUCGGCAAUCGAAAAAAUAGCUUCGACUAUAACCCCUUUUGCGACCGACCGUCCCCGGAUUCUGGUCCCUGAGAAGGUGUCUUCCGAUGGCCUUGCCCUAUUGAAGGACAAGUACGACGUUGACAACCGCACUGGCCUGUCCGCAGACGAGCUUGUCGAAGCGAUUCCCAAUUACCAUGCCCUCAUUGUCCGAUCCGAGACGAAAGUGAACGCUGCCGUUCUCGCGGCCGGCAGAAAGCUCCGCGUCGUGGCCCGAGCAGGCGUAGGCGUGGAUAACAUCGAUGUGGACGCCGCCACCAAUCAUGGCAUCAUCGUCGUAAACUCGCCUGCGGGCAACAUUCUCGCCGCAGCAGAGCACACGAUUGCCCUCCUCCUCGCAACAGCUCGCAACGUCGGACGCGCGGAUACCACGAUGAAAGACGGCAAGUGGGAGCGAGGCAAGCUCGUCGGUGUCGAAGUCGGAAACAAGACGCUCGGAAUCAUUGGGCUCGGCAAAGUGGGUAUGAAGGUUGCUCGCAUGGCCAUUGGCCUUGGGAUGAAGGUGAAGGCGGUAGAUCCGUACGCCAGCAACGAGAUUGCGCGUCAAUCCAACGUCGAGCUCGUGGCCGACCUUCAGACGCUCUUGCCGGUAGUCGACUUCCUGACGAUCCAUACCCCGCUGAUGGCCAGUACCCUGGACCUGUUGAAAGAAGAGGAGUUUCAAAAAAUGAAAAAGACGGCGCGAGUAUUGAACGUCGCUCGAGGAGGCGUGUACAACGAAGCAGCACUCCUGCGAGCCUUGGAUGAAGGCUGGAUCGCUGGAGCUGGUCUCGACGUGUUCACUUCCGAGCCUCCGAAGGCAGACUCGACGGCAGCCGAACUGACCAAGCACCCGAAGGUGGUUGCAACCCCACAUCUGGGAGCGUCGACCGUGGAAGCCCAAGAAAACGUCUCGAUGGAUGUUUGCACCCAGGUGGCUGAGAUUCUCCGAGGCGGUCUCCCAACGGCAGCCGUCAACGCGCCGUUGAUCAUGCCAGAGGAGUAUCGCAAGCUGCAGCCGUUCGUGCGGCUCGUUGAGAAGAUGGGUGGGCUGUAUACGCAACACUUUGUCGGCAGCAAAGGCGGCAUGGUGGGCGGUCGGAGGUUCGAACUGAUCUACCAAGGCGACCUAGCAGGCACCUCCAACACCCGACCGCUCUUCGCGGCGUUGGUGAAGGGUCUCGUGUCGUCCAUCACCGACUCUGGCGGGCGAGACGUGAACAUCGUUAACGCCAGCCUCAUCGCCAAGGAGAAGGGCAUGAUCAUCAGCGAGACGCACAGCGGUGAGGCCAAGAACGCGGUGUAUGCUAGUCUGGUGACUCUGCGGUCGCACGGCGAGGACGGCGAGCAGGUGAUUGAGGGAUAUGUGUCGGGGCAGAGCAUAUACAUCUCCAAGCUGGACCGUUUCAGUGCGACGUUCCAGCCGCAGGGGACGCUGCUGGUGCUGCACAACUAUGACGAGCCGGGCAAGAUUGGCGGUGUCGGCACGGCGCUGGGACGGCAUGGGAUUAACAUCACCUUCAUGCAGGUGGCCAGCUUGGACGGGGAGGAGAGGAGAGCAGAGGGCGGCAAUGAAGCUCUCAUGAUCUUGGGUGUGAAGGGAGAUAUUGGUGGUGGAGUUGUGGAGGAUUUGCAGCGAGCCGAAGGAAUCCUGAAUGUGAGCUUGGUGAGGCUGUGA